UCUGCGUGGAGACAGCUGAGCUCCCUACCACCCCGCAGGGCCUCGGGCGGGGGUCUUGGGGGGAGGUGGGAGCGAGGUACGGCCAUAGGCGGCCUCGGCAGUGGGCUGAGGGGCCUCAGCGUGGCGGUCGCGGCCCCCAUCCCAGCUGGCCGCGAUCGCUGAGUCUCUUGGCUUCGGGAGCCCUUUGCCCGCCUCGAGCCGGGCCCCCCGGGGGUUUUGCUAACAGAACAGUUCUGCCGAGGCUGUGGGCCGCAGACAGGGUCUUUCAAGGCCGAGGGUCGGAGCCCGCCUUUUUGAGUUGAGGCAGAAAUGGAAGGACGGGGACUCAGUUUCUUCCCCACGUGGCGUGGGCGAGGAAACUAGUCCUAUGGAAAUGCCGCUCCUGCACGCUGCUUCCCAAAGGAUGGAGUGGUUCUUCUCCAUUAGUUUACAUAGGGUCACAAGACAACCGCUGCCUCUGCACUUGGUGGGGAGGACUAGGGUGUGAUGGACUCAGAUGGCACCGUGCGAGGAAAAUGAUGAGCAAAUGCAGACAGCAGUGCCCAGUCGUAAGAAGUGCCCCGCAUUCUGGGGAGCUGAUCCUGAGUUGUGAAGUUCAGGUGCAGAUGGGGAAGUAGGGUGAUACCCACAUGUGACUGUGACAUGUUAUGGAGGAGGACAAAUGGUCCUGCACAUCGUCCAGUUAGCUUUCUGGAAGAAAACUCACAGGGCUGUUCCCUUCCUGCUUUGAUGCCCACUUCCCAGGACAGUAUUAAAACAGUAAAAUGUGGUAUAUCAGUGGUGACUUUUUCCAGAUGCUGAGGCACCUGUAUCCUUGGCACAGGCUGUUACUGAGCUGUAGUUGGAGCAGGGUCUGUCUUCUGAAGCGUUAUCUAUUUACAAUGAAGUUGCAGUCUCCAGAGUUCCAGUCACUUUUCACGGAAGGAUUGAAGAGUCUGGCAGAAUUAUUCGUCAAAGAGAAUCAUGAAUUAAGAAUAGCAGGAGGAGCAGUGAGGGAUUUAUUAAAUGGGGUAAAGCCUCAAGAUGUGGACUUUGCUACUACUGCCACCCCGGCCCAAAUGAAGGAGAUGUUUCAGGCAGCCGGGAUUCGGAUGAUAAACAACAGAGGAGAAAAGCAUGGAACAGUUACUGCCAGGCUUCAUGAAGAAAAUUUUGAAAUUACUACACUACGGAUUGAUGUUACCACUGAUGGAAGACACGCCGAAGUAGAAUUUACGACUGAUUGGCAGAAAGAUGCUGAACGCAGAGAUCUCACUAUAAAUUCCAUGUUUCUAGGUUUUGAUGGUACCUUAUUUGAUUACUUUAAUGGUUAUGCAGAUUUAAAAAAUAAAAAAGUUAGAUUUGUUGGACAUGCUAAACAGAGAAUACAAGAAGAUUAUCUUCGAAUUUUAAGAUAUUUCAGAUUUUAUGGCAGAAUUGUAGACAAACCUGGUGACCAUGAUCCUGAGACAUUGGAAGCAAUUGCAGAAAAUGCAAAAGGCUUAGGUGGAAUAUCAGGAGAGAGGAUUUGGGUGGAACUGAAAAAAAUUCUUACUGGUAACCAUGUAAAUCACUUGAUGCAUCUUAUCUAUGAUCUUGAUGUGGCUCCCUACAUAGGUUUACCUGCUAAUGCAAGUUUAGAAGAAUUUAAUAAAGUCAGUAAAAAUGUUGAUGGUUUUUCAUCAAAGCCAAUGACUCUUUUGGCCUCAUUACUCAAAGUGCAGGAUGAUGUCACAAAACUGGAUUUGAGGUUGAAGAUUUCAAAGGAAGAGAAGAACCUUGGCUUAUUUAUAGUUAAAAAUAGGAAAGACUUAAUUAAAGCAACGGAUAGUUCAGAACCACUGAAACCCUAUCAAGACUUCAUUAUAGAUUCUAGGGAACCGGAUAUGACUGGCCGUGUGUGUGAACUACUGAAGUACCAAGGUGAGCACUGUCUUCUAAAGGAGAUGGAGUGCUGGUCCAUCCCCCCGUUUCCUGUGAGUGGCCACGACAUCAGGAAAGUGGGGAUUUCUUCAGGAAAGGAAAUCGGGGCUCUGCUGCAACAGCUGCGUGAGCAGUGGAAAAAAAGUGGUUACCAAAUGGAAAAAGAGGAACUCCUAAGUUACGUAAAGAAGCCCUAAAGUUGUUGAGAGCUGGCUAUUAAAAGUAGAAAUUUUAAAGGCUGUGUACACCUCUCCAUCCCUAAGCCUUUUAAUGAGAUUUAACAAUCUAUAGCAGAAUUGGUCCCAGUGUAGGGGCCCCUUAGAUGAACUAAGUCUUAUUUUGUGAUAUCCUUUAAAUUGAUUUAUUUAUAUCACUGUAUCUUAUACUUCCUUUGGAAUACCUGCUACUGAGAAGAGUAUGGACUUUGUUUCGUUUGUUUGGUUUUUUUUUUUUUUUUUGGUCUUUUCGAGACAGGUCUCACCAUGCAGCUCAGACUGGCCUUGAGC